GCGCCCGGAGGGCGGCCCGGAAGAGGAGGCGGCGGCCGAGGAGGAGGCGGAGGUUUAUUGAGAGAAGAAGCAGCCAUAAUGCACCAUGGCAGCAGCCCUCAAAAUGCCCAGCGUCACCUUCAGAGGUCCCGAUCCUUCACGAGCAGCGAGGGAGAAGAGCAGCAGUCAAACCUGCCUCAGUCCCCUGCCGCUCCGUUUGCUCCUUCGGCCAGCCCGUCUGCCCCCCAGUCGCCCAGUUACCAAAUACAGCAGUUCAUCAUGAGGGGAAGCCCAGUAGCCGGACAGAACGUGAAUAUCACCCUGCAGAAUGUCGGACAGGUAACUACGGGCAGCCAGCAGAUCACCCUGACCCCUUUGCCCAUCCCCAGUCCCGCCUCACCGAGUUUCCAGUUCAGCCCUCAGCCGAGGCGGUUCGAGCAUGGAUCCCCGUCCUACAUCCAAGUCACGUCACCGUUGCCCCAGCAGGUCCGGCCUCAGAGUCCAACCCAGCCGAACGCGGGGCCGGUGCCGACGCUGCCGAGCGUCCGGGCCGGCCCCGCCGGCCCCGGCCUGGGGCUGUGCGGCCCGGGCCCCGCCGGAGGAUUCGUCGACGCCGGUGUGCUCGUGCGACAAAUUAGCCUGAGCCCUUCGAAUGGCGGACACUUUGUCUAUCAGGAGGGGUCGGGAAUCGCCCAGAUGGCCCAGGGGACCACCCCACAAGUUCAGCUGUCACCUUCGGGAGCCCCGGCUCCUGUUCGAGAAGGCCGACUUGCCCAGCCGCAUUCCCAGACGGGCGGCACCAUUCAUCACCUCGGGCCUCAGAGCCCCGUAGCUAGCGGGGCCACUCUGACCAGCCCAGGUCAUAUUACGACCACCAGCUUGCCGCCACAGAUCAGUAGUAUCAUCCAAGGACAACUCAUACAACAACAGCAAGUGCUUUCGGGGCAGCCGCUCAGCAGACCCGUAGGGUUUGAGAGGACUUCUGGGGUUUUGAUAGCUGGGGUCGGGGGUCCCCCUGCUUUUGGGAUGGCAUCUCCACCUCCACCCACCAGCCCCUCCCGAGUCACCAUCCCGCAGGGGCUGGCCAGUCUUCCUCCGACCCCGGCGGGAAGUUCGGGAGUUAAAAAAGCACCCAGAAAGUUAGACGAAAUCCCACCGGCGUCUCAAGAAAUGGCUCAGAUGAGAAAGCGGUGCUUGGAACAUCACCACAAAGAGAUGGACUCACUGAAGGAGAUCUUUAAGGAGUAUUUGAUUGAGCUGUUUUUUUUGCAACAUCUUCAAGGGAAUAUGAUGGAUUUCCUGGCUUUUAAAAAGAAGCUCUGUGUGCCGUUACAAGCAUAUCUUAGGCAGAAUGAUUUGGAUCUUGAGGAAGAGGAGGAGGAAGAGCAGUCUGAAGUCAUUAAUGAUGAGGUAAAGGUUGUGACAGGAAAGGAUGGGCAGACUGGUACUCCUGUUGCAAUAGCAACCCAGCUUCCUCCAAAUGUUUCUGCUGCUUUUUCAUCUCAGCAGCAACCGUUCCAGCAGUCACAUUCAGGGACUCCAGUGUCAGCAACUGUGAAUAACUUAGAAAUCGAAGCAUUUAAGAGACAACAAACACUGACUCCAGCAGAUUCAUCUAAAAGGCCACGGAUUGAAGUUGGCCGUCUUGGAAUGGUUUUCCAGCAUCCGAAUGUAGCUUCAGGAGUGUCUCUUCAGCAGCUAAUGCCUACAGCACAAGGUGGAAUGCCUCCCACUCCUCAAGCUGUGCAGCUGACUGGACAGAAACAAAGCCAGCAACAAUAUGAUCCUUCUAAAGGUCCUCCUGUGCAGAACGCUGCAAGCUUGCACACUCCCCCACCUCAGCUCCCAGGGAGGCUGCAGCCUGCUAACAUCCCGGUAACGUCUCUCCCAGCCACCUUGCAGCUUCCACAGCAGCAGCAACAACCCCCGGCGGUCGAGCCUCAGGCACCGCCCCAGAUUCAGGCGAAGACCCAGCAACCAAGUAUACCCAUCUCUCCUGCUCCACAAAACCAACUCUCUUCACCCCUUCAGCAGCCAAUACAACCAGCACUCCAUAUUCAGAUUCAAGGCCAAGCCCCUACACAGAUUUCCCCCCCACAAACUGCAGCUCAGCAACAGAUGAAUAAAACAUCCUUGGCAAACAGCAAGACACUCUCUCCUGUUGCAUCAAAACCCCCGGGCUUGGCUGUAGCUUCAGCACCAAAAACCCAGAACCCAACCCAGAAUGCAGCAGUUCUGCCUCAAGAAAGCUCUCAAGACAAGCUUGCAGAGCAAAUAAAGCUGGAAAACCAAAUCCAUCAACGAAUAGCAGAAUUGAGGAAAGAAGGCUUGUGGUCUCUUAGACGACUGCCCAAACUGCAGGAAACUCCAAGACCCAAAUCUCACUGGGAUUAUUUGUUGGAAGAAAUGCAGUGGAUGGCGACUGAUUUUGCUCAAGAGAGAAGGUGGAAAAUGGCAGCGGCCAAGAAGAUGGUCAGAAGUGUAGCUCGCUAUCAUGAGGAAAAGAAACUCAAUGAAGAGAGAACUAAAAGAGAGGAGCAAAACAAGUUAAGGCGAAUUGCUGCAUCAAUUGCCAGAGAAAUAGAGUAUUUCUGGUCUAAUAUUGAGCAGGUUGUAGAAAUUAAAUUGCAAAUAGAAUUUCAAGAAAAAAGGAAAAAGGCAUUAAAUCUAAAGAAAACUUCGAGAAGAGGUAAAGAUGCAAGGCAAUUUGAAGCUAGUAUUAAAGGUGAAACUGAAAACAGUAUGGAUUUUUCAAUGGGAAGGAAACGAAAGGCAAGCACUUCCCUAACUGAUGAAGAAGUGGAAGAUGAAGAAGAGACCAUUGAAGAACAAGAAGCCAGAGAAGGAAAUAUAAAUCAUCAAGCAGAAUUAUCCAGUUUAGCUAAGGAAGCUGAAUUACCUUUGGAUGACUUAAUGAAGUUAUAUGAAGGUGCUUUUGUUGAAAAUUUCCUAUGGCCACAGCCUAUACUUACCAGUGAAGAAAUAACCAGCGAAGAAGAAAUGGAAGAUUUGGCAAGUGACAAAGAGAAGGAAGUAGUUCUCAUAGACUCGCUCCUUAGCAUCGACCAGUGUAAAGGGGCAGAGAGAACAGCGCAUCUUGUAAAGAAACACACACGAGAUAUCGCGGAAGUCGCUGCAGCUGCUGAAGUUCUGUUACCUAAAGGCAGCUCCCGGAUCACAACAGCGGUGAAAUUUAAUACUCCAUCUCUGCUCUACGGGGCCCUUAGAGAAUAUCAAAAGAUCGGACUUGACUGGUUGGCCAAACUUUACAAAAAGAAUCUCAAUGGCAUAUUGGCAGAUGAAGCUGGGCUUGGGAAGACUGUGCAGGUCAUUGCCUUUUUUGCACAUCUAGCUUCCAAUGAAGGCAACUGGGGUCCCCAUCUCAUUGUGGUGAGAAGUUGCAAUAUAUUGAAGUGGGAACUUGAACUUAAACGCUGGUGUCCUGGUUUGAAAAUUCUUCUCUAUUUUGGCAGCCAAAGAGAGCUUAGAGCAAAAAGACAGGAAUGGAUGGAACCCAAUAGCUUCCAUGUAUGCAUCACCUCUUAUAAGCAAUUUUUUAAAGGGCAUCAAGCCUUCACAAAACUGAGAUGGAAAUAUUUAAUCGUUGAUGAGAUGCAGCAAAUAAAGAAUAUGACAGAAAAGCAUUGGGAGGCACUUUUCAAUCUCCGAAGCCAGCACCGUUUACUAUUGAUAGACACUCCUUUGCAUAAUACCUUGAUGGAGUUGUGGACCAUGGUGCACUUUCUAAUUCCAGGAAUUUCUAGGUCUUACUUGGAUUUUCCAGUGAAAACUGCCAAUGAAGAGAACCAAGAUUACUGUCAUAAACUUGUCAUAAGGUUGCACAGAAUGAUACAACCAUUUAUCUUGCGAAGAUCAAAAAGAGAUGUCGAAAAGCAGUUAACUAAGAAAUAUGAACAUGUGCUCAAGUGUCGGCUGUCUAAUCGCCAAAAGGCCUUGUAUGAAGAUGUUAUAUUACAGCCACGAACUCAGGAAGCUCUCAAAAGUGGGCAGUUUGUCAGUGUCCUUCACGUUUUGAUGAAGUUGCAACGAAUUUGUAACCAUCCUGAUUUGAUAAAUCCCAGACUUUCUGGCUCCUCUUAUGCGUCAGAAGCCCUGGAGUUAAGAAUUGCUUCUCCAAUACUUCGAGCAUUGGAACGUGAGCUCUGGAAGGAUACCGACAUGUCUAUAUUUGAUCUGAUUGGGGUAGAAAAUAAAAUGACUCAGUAUGAAGCACAAGUGUUACCUAAGCAAAAGGUGACAAGAAAGCUUAUUGAAGAGCUCUAUAGCUCACCUCUUCCUGUGAGACCCAACCCAGUGAAGAUCAAACCAAGCAGAUUGUUUCAACCUGUGCAGUAUGGACAGAAGCCAGAGGGUAGGACUGUAUCUUUUCCGAGUACUCCAGUACAGCGGACAGUGACCUCAGGAACAGCCACAGUAACACAACCGGGGCCAGUCCGGGGAAGAUCCCCCAUUGCUACAGCCUCUGCAAAUCAAGGGGGAGAAGUAGUAAAAAUAGCUCAGUUGUCUUCAAUAGCAGGAGCUCAGGGCAGAAUUGCCCAGCCAGAGACACCUGUGACACUGCAGUUUCAAGGCAACAAGUUUACACUGUCCCACAGCCAGCUCCGUCAGCUCACUGCUGGCCAGCCUCUCCAGUUGCAAGGCAGUGUCCUUCAGAUUGUUUCUGCUCCAGGCCAACAGUAUUUGCGCCCUCAGGGGUCAGUUGUCAUGCAGACCAUGUCUCAGUCUGGAACUGCGCAAAAUGCUCUGAAUGCUUUAGGAAAUCAGCAUCAAGCAAGUAUUUCAAGUUCAGCGUCAGUCACUCAGCAAAUUGGUAUACCAGGCAGAACUGCAAUUGCUAACUUGGCACCUGGUGAUCAAGGACUGAUAGCAAAACCAUCAGGAGCCCAAGCACAGGAAUCCUUAGAGGAAAAAACUAGACUCUUAAAGGAACGUCUGGAUCGAAUAUUUUCUGGCAAUGAACGGCGCUGUUCCAGAGCACCAGUGUAUGGCAAGGAUUUGUUAGGAAUUUGCACUUUGUUUGGUAAAAGAAAGGUGCCUCAGCCUCAUUUCCCUGGAGACAAUAAGUGGAGGUGGGCUGGCUUAGUGAACUGCUGCUGUUCUGCAGAUAGCCCAGAAAAUUCAAAUGAUCCACUGCAAUAUCUGAUACUGACAGCUCACCAGAGAAAAGAAUUCCUACAGGACACCAUUCAAAGGGUCCGCUGUGUGCUCCCUGCAGUGGUUGCCGCCCCUCCCUCUUUAUGUACCACGAACCCUCCGGCUUCGUACAGCCAUAAAAUGAAGGUCUUGAAGCACAAUCUCAAGAAGCAAUUGACUCCCUAUUUCCAUCAGUUGCAACAGAUAUCAGCUCCUUACUUGUUACAGUUUCCCGAUCUCAGAUUGGUGCAGUAUGAUUCAGGCAAGUUAGAAGCACUGGCUAUUUUGCUGCAGAAGCUGAAAUCGGAAGGCCGCCGGGUCCUGAUUUUAUCUCAGAUGAUUCUAAUGUUAGAUAUUUUGGAGCUGUUUUUAAACUUCCACUUUAUAACCUUUAUCAGGAUAGACGAAUAUGCCAACUCUGAGCAACGUCAGGAACUGAUGAAGAGUUUCAAUAGAAACAAGCGGAUAUUUUGUGCCAUCCUCUCUACUCAUAGUCGUUCUACAGGUAUAAAUCUUGUAGAAGCAGACACAGUCGUGUUCUAUGACAAUGAUUUAAAUCCAGUGAUGGAUGCAAAAGCUCAAGAGUGGUGUGAGAGAAUUGGAAGAUGCAAGGAUAUUCACAUAUACAGACUUGUAAGUGGUAAUUCUGUAGAAGAAAAGCUGUUGAAAAAUGGCACUAAGGACUUAAUCAGAGAAGUAGCUGCUCAAGGAAAUGACUACUCCAUGGCAUUCUUAACCCAGCAAACCAUACAGGAACUAUUUGAGGUCCAUUCUCCUUUGGAAGAUUCUGGCUUUGGAGUGAAAGCUGAGGAAUUUGUGGUCCUCUCUCAGGAACCCUCUCCAGCAGAAACCAUUGCACCUAAGGUUGCGAGACCUUUUAUAGAGGCCCUCAUCAGCAUUGAACAAGAAAAUGAAGAAGAGCUAAGUAAACACGAGGAAGAAGCUGGGGAAACAGGAUCGGAAUCUGUCAUUGAAGCUUUAAGUUCAGGCUUUCGUGAGCUAAAAUACAAUGAAGAGCCAUCGCAGCUGGAGGAGUUAGUUGCAGUUGUCGAUCAGCUUACUCCUAUAGAGAAAUAUGCUUUGAAUUAUCUGGAGUUCUACCAUGUUUCCAGUGAUGAAAGCCAACCAGGAGUAGUGGAGGGGGAGUUGAAAGAAGUGAAAAAAGUGUGGGAACUUGAGCACAUGAGGGAACUGAAGGAAAAAGAAAAUAAGCAUCUAGAGAAAGAAGAAUUAUUUACAUACACCAGAGAAGAUGCAUAUAACAAGGAAUAUGUUUAUGAGGCUCCAGAUGGACAAACAGAAGUAAUGCCACUCUGGACUCCACCUACACCACCCCAGGAUGACAAUGACAUCUAUAUCGAUUCCGUUAUGUGUCUGAUGUACGACGCCACCCCCAUCCCCGAGGCCAAACUACCUCCGGUAUAUGUGAGGAAGGAGCGUAAACGACAUAAAGCAGAUCCUUCUGCCACAGGUAGGAAGAAGAAGCAGCGGCACGGGGAGGUGGUCAUCCCUCCUCGAUCAUUGUUUGACCGGGCAACUCCAGGAAUGUUGAAGAUGCGCCGCGAGGGCAAAGAGCAGAAGAAGAACAUCCUGCUGAAACAACAAACCCAAUUCGCCAAGCCUUUGCCAACAUUUGUCAAGCCAGCCACAGAGACCAGUCAGGAUAACCCGGAGUGGCUCAUUAGUGAAGACUGGGCGUUGCUACAGGCCGUGAAGCAGUUGCUCGAGCUUCCUCUAAAUCUUGCCGUCCUGUCACCGGCGCACACGCCCAACUGGGAUCUCGUUAGUGACGUGGUUAACUCCUGUAGCCGAGUUUACCGGUCCCCUAAACAGUGCCGAAACCGAUAUGAAAAUGUCAUCAUCCCAAGAGAGGAAGGGAAGACCAAGAACAGCCGUCCACUUCGCACUAACCAGAUCUAUGCCCAAGACGAAGGGGCCACUCACACCCAACUUUAUACUAACCACUUCGAAAUGAUGAAAGGGAUAGCAGGAAAGAGAAGCCCACCUAUUAAACCCUUGCUUGGCAUGAAUCCUUUCCAGAAGAACCCAAAGCAUGCCUCAGUGUUGGCAGAAAGUGGAAUCAAUUAUGACAAGCCACUGCCACCAAUUCAGGUUGCUUCUUUGCGGGCCGAGCGGAUUGCUAAGGAGAAAAAGGCUUUGGCUGAACAGCAGAGAGCUCAGCAGCAGCAACAGCAGCAGCAGCAACAGCAGCAGCAGCAGCAGCAGCAACAACAGCAGCAACAGCAGCAGCAGCAGCAACAAUCGCAACAGCCGCAACAACAGGUUGCCCAGCAACAAACUCAGCAGCCAGCCAACCAACCUCCACCACAGGCUCAACCCCAGGUAGCCCAACAGCCGCAGGUAGUCGUACAAGCAGCUUCCACUGUGGCCAGCACAGCAGUUUUGACUGGAACCAUCAAAACUGCAGUCACCGGAACCAGCAUUCCUCCUGCAGCAGUGAGUGGAAACGUCAUUGUAAACACAGCUGCCGGUGCCACCUUCCAGCCUAUCAAUAAACGUCUGGCUUCCCCAGUUGUACCUGGAGCCCUAACAACUUCAGGAGGGGCUGCCCCGGCUCAAGUGAUCCACUCCCAGCAGCGAACGGUUGCCACUUCCGCUGCUUCCACCGAACUGGUGCCGAUAGCGUCCAACCAGGGGGUCCGAGCCGUCACCUCGGCCCCCGCCCCGCCAGCGGUCGUGACCACCAACCUCACCCCUGUCCAGACCCAGACGAGGUCUCUUGUGACUCAGGUGUCGCCAGCAACUUCCUCAGGGGUUCAACUUCCGGGCAAGGCAAUCACUCCUGCCCACUUCCAGCUUCUCAGACAGCAGCAGCAGCAACAACAGCAGCAGCAGCAGCAGGCAACUCAGGAGCAGCUCAUCAAACUCCAGAAACAGAAGCUGCAGCUGCCCCAGCAGCAGCAAACCCCGCAGCCGGCCCCCCAGCAGGGAGCCCCCCAACAACAACAACAACAGCAGCAGCAGCCAGCCCCACCGCAGCCACCGCAGCCAGCGCUGCAGCAGCAACAGCCGCCCCCACCGCAGGCCCCGCAGCUCACGACCGUGGCAGCCCCAAGGUCCGGUGCCGUCCUCACUGGCACCACUGUGGCCAACCUUCAGGUGGCCCGCCUCACCCGCGUUGCUACUUCCCAGCUCCAGAGCCAGGGCCAGAUGCAGACCCAGACGCCCCAGACGGCUCAGGUCGCCCUGGCCAAGCCUCCCGUCGUGUCCGUCCCGGCAGCCGUGGUGUCGUCCGCAGGAGUGACGACACUCCCGGUGAACAUGACGGGGAUCAGCGUCGCCAUAGGGCAGCCGCAGAAGGCAGCGGGAGGACAGACAGUAGUUGCUCAACCAUUACAUGUUCAGCAGCUUCUGAAACUCAAACACCACCAGCAGCAAAAAGCCAUCCAGCCCCAGGUGGCACAAGGCCAAGCUUCAGUGCCACAAAAGAUAAGUGCACAGCAAGUGACUGUCCAAACCCAGCAACCGACAUCACAGCAGCCAAAAGUGACCUACGCUGCCCAGCCGGCGAUUAAAACACAGUUCCUGACCACUCCCAUUUCCCAAGCCCCCAAACCCGGUGGAAGCCAGCAAGUCCAAGCACAGAUCCAGGUGGCAAAGCUUCCUCAAGUAGUUCAACAGCAAACCACCAUGGCCAAUAUUCAACAAAUGGUAUCUGUUUCCCAGCAGGUUCAGACUCCACCACAGUCCGUGGCUCUUUCCCAAACCACCGCCGGCCAACAGCAAGUCCAAGUGAUCCCUGCCACUACCGCCACGGCCCAGGUGGUUCAGCAGAAACUAAUUCAGCAGCAAGUGGUGACCGCGGCCUCUCCACAGCUACAGGCCUCGGGGGCAGCCAACUCUGGACAGACCCCACCGACCUCCGAAGCUCCAAGUCAGCAGCCGCCCAAAGUGCCGAUGCGGGCCCCCCCGGUCAGGUUAAAGGCCCCGACCAAGCCCAGCUGAGCCCCCGAGGAAGUGUAGCGAGCGGGGAGGUUAGACCCCCUAAGGUCUGCCCGGUCCCGGCAAAGUGGGCAACGCUGCUUCAAGUAAACCCAAAAACCCUUCUUUUUCAGUUCAGUUUUAACAGGGGACAACUGCACAUUCCAACCCUGGGGGUUUUUUUGAGGGGGGGAUGUCUCAUCUCUCCCUUGUUCAGAUAAGACUCCACGUCCCGCCCCUUGCGGAAGGGCCCUAUUUUCAGAUGUCGACUGAAGCCCCGUUAACGAGCCAGUUGAGCAGGCUGCCCCGGUGUCUAGGAGACACCACAAGGCUCCGGGAAGUGAGUUGGUGGGACCCGGCAGGGGGGCCGAGGGAGCGGCACGAAAUGGAAUGGGGCCAUUUCCCUGGAUGGUGAGGGUGGGCGGAUCCAUCCAAGGAGAGCGCGAAGAACCUAGCGGUGGCUGGUCCGGGCUGGAGCUUUCUGCAGAGAACCGAACCUGGCUCUUCGCCGAGGCAGAGCGUUCCCCCUGGGAAACAGCUGAUGUGUCAUGUGCUCCUUACCGAGUUUUGCCAGUAAAUGUGAACCUUUGUACCUACGGUAUUUGUAAUUUUAAACAGGUUUCAUCGUCCAUUUUUGUAAGUCUUUGGAACUGCUGUUUUGUGUACGAUUUUGUGUACCGAGUUCUCGGAAGCUCCAGAUCUGUGCUCUUGCUUGUGUUCUUCACCUUCGUGAUGAUGGAUAUUUUGGGCAUGUUCCGAGUGGCUAGUUGCUGACUGUAGCUGUCUGUGGAAAGCGUAGCUCCUGAUUCUGUGAGAAGGAGCGUUCAGUUCGUAGCUUUUAAAAAUGUUUCGUGUUUGUUUGGUUUGAGACGUCUGGUUUGGGUGUUUAUUUUAAGUGCCGGAGUUUAACUUUCCGUCCCCUUCCAUUCUCGUGGUGUUUGAAUGUUCAAUUCACAGCCGUUGGGCCUCCAGCUGCUGAAGAGAGGAUCGAAAAUUCAACUCAAUUGAUUCUUAAAUGGUGUAAAGGAUUAGCUGUGACUCUUGUAUUCUUUUACUGAAAUUGUUAAUGAUGAAUGUAUCUUGAGGUGGGUAUUUUGGAUGGUAAAAGACGGUGAUCUUGUCAUCCACAUUAAUUUGCCUUAAUCAUAGGAAAAAAAUAGCAAAGAGUAUGACAAUAGUCUUCUCAGACUUAAAAACUUUGGAAAACAAGAUCUCUUUAAGGUGGUUUGCAAAGUCUCUUUUAAUAUUUUUCCUCACUUUGACUAGGGCAUGUAUGAUGGUGACAGGCAUUUUAAAGAGAAUUUUCCAUUACAUUUCAUAAAAUGGAUUUUUAUAGGAUUCUUUUUCCAUUCUGUGAAAUUGUUUUCUUACUCUCUUGAGCAGUGGUUUAAUUCAAAGCAAGCCAAAGCACUUUUAUUUCAUCUUAUAUAAGACCUUAUAGACACUUGAUAUGCCUACUUGAGUUUUAAGUAGGAAAUGCACUUCUAGAUCAUCUGCAAUAGAGUAGAAGUAUCAGAUGACAAAUGGUCCUUGAUUUUUCUCUCUCCUUGGUGUUUGCCCCGUGGUCCUCAAGUUUGUAGUACUUUUUCUAGUCCGUUCAUUUCACGUGACUGUUUUGAGCCACUAUUUUGUAAUGACCUAAACUUUAUUAUUGUAGUUGUUCUUUUCAGGGCUGCUAAAGUGGAGAGUGAAUAGCUGAAAGUGCCAAUUUGACUGGAAAAAAAUGCUGUGAUAAAGGCGAGGAGUUCUGGGAACCCAGCAUGCUGUCGCCCAUCACUAAAACCUUGCUAAUCCAGAUCCAAUUUUUCUUUUGAGUAUACUUUGUUUGCAUUCCGGCAUGAAGGCCAAAACCCAUUUGACCGUGUCAAUGUGUUAGAUUUCCAGAGGCCGGUAUUUCUUUGUUUGUGAAAGUUAAGGAGGAUGAAAAUAUCUAUUUUUCCCAUUCCUUUCUCUCUCUCUCUUUCUCUCUCUGUCCCCACCCCGACCCCCAGUAGCCUAGUAGGAAAGCAGAGUCAACCUGUAAAUACUUUAUGAAUAUAAGCAUUUGUACUUGGUAAGUAGGACUGUAUGGAAUAGUGUUGUAUCCUACCAAGAUGGAAGGUAUAAUAAAGUGUACAUUUUUAUA